AUGGAAAGAUUGUCCGUUGUGUGGCCUCGCAUCGGGAGCUGGAGAAUGGGCUUCAAUCUACCACCAAGUGACCUUCAGCUUACCGCUUAUAGAUCCAUAACUACCAAUACAACAGAGACAAGAAGUGUCAAUGUCUUUGAAUACUCGAUAACAUCAUUCACAUGCAAGAGUGUAGGAUCUCGCCCUACAGCUCUUAUAUCAUGGAACAUUGGUUCUGACGACGACCUGGGUAGCACGACCACUACGUCUACCACGAAUGAGGCCGACCAAGGUUUACGUGACACACAGUCUACUCUACAGUUGAUUCCAAAGAGGAAACAUCACAAUAAACUUCUCCGAUGUGUGGCAUAUGCUGGUAUGAACCAACGUCAAACAGAAGUGAGGCUAAUUGUCUAUGAUUCUCCCUACCUUAAUGGAACAGAAGGAUUGCAGGCUGGAGUGUCGUCAAAUGUGAUCUGCACAUCGAACAACGGCUACCCAGCACCAACUUUUCGAUGGUACCUUGGAUCAAAGAACGUCACCAAAGAUUCUAAAACACAGUUUUCGAGGAAUCGAACUCUUCUACGGGAUGCAAGUAGUGUUUUUAAUUUCACACCCACAGUAGACGAACAUGGGAAACUCCUUGUUUGUCUAACUUUCCAACUAAACGCUGCAUCCAUGGAGGCUUGGAGUGUUAGUGAGGUUCUUCAUGUUUUGUAUUCUCCUGUCAUUGUGGACUACUCUGUUCGUCGGGUUUCCAGUGGUCAAAAGAGCGUUGCUGCUGUUCUUACAUGCACAUCAGAUAGCAGACCCCUAGCCUCAAUAACAUGGUUCUUGAAUGGCAAGGAACUCAUCAACGACACCCGCCAUCACAUUCGCCACAGUCAUUCACAAGAAGAUACCUUGAGGAAGUCCAGAUCCACCUUACUGGUUUAUCGUCUAUCAAAACCAGACGACAUCAGCUACUCUCUUCGUUGCUUGGCAACCUGGAAUCCCUGA